AUGUUUGUCAGACUACUUGCCCUCCUCUCGGUGACAGUGUUGGCCACACUCAACGACGUUACAAAUCAGGCUACACCCGUCAUUAGGACCGUAACCACUCGGGAAACUGUCACAGGAUCUCCAGUUACUACCGCUGUUACCAAAACUGUGACGCCGGAUUCUGAUGGCAAUUAUACUACCCCUUCCUGGAAUUAUUUAACAUCGACGCCUUUCACGUCCUCUAUCUCUUCGUCUUCAUUGUCGUUGACGGGGACAAGUACGUCCGAAUCUAGUGCUGCAUCGACCGCCUCAGAUAGCUCUUCUGUGUCAACUGGGGGUGCACCUGACGUCACCGGAGGCCUUGCUAUGAGCCUCGCUGGUGCUGCUGGAGCCCUCGGCUUUGCUCUUGCUCUGUAA